AUGGGAGUGGUUUUUUCAAAAACAAAAACCAUGGGAGAACCUCAACAAAACCAUGUUAACAACAACAACAACAACGUUGUUGAUCAUGAUGACCAUGAUUCCACAUGGUACGAGGAAGUUAUCGAUGAAGAUCUCAAAUGGUCUUUUAAACUCAACAGUGUGCUACAUAAAGCUAUUAGUGAAUACCAGGACAUUGCUCUGUUAGAUACAAAGCGUUUUGGAAAGGCCUUGAUGCUUGAUGGGAAGAUGCAGAGUUCUGAAGCUGAUGAAUUUAUUUAUCAUGAAUGUUUGAUUCAUCCUCCUCUUAUAUGUCAUCCCAACCCCAAAACAGUGUAUAUUAUGGGAGGUGGUGAAGGUUCUUCAGCUAGGGAAGCUCUGAAACACAAGUCAAUGGAGAAAGUAGUUAUGUGUGAUAUUGACAAGGAGGUGGUAGAUUUCUGUAGAAAAUACCUGGUUGCAAAUAGGGAGGCAUUUGCUGACAAUAAGCUUGACCUUGUCAUCAACUGUGCCAAAGCUGAGUUAGAGAAGAGAAAUGAGAAGUAUGAUGUAAUUGUUGGAGAUUUGGCUGACCCACUUGAAGAUGGGCCUUGCUAUCAACUCUAUACCAAGGACUUUUAUGAGAAUGUUGUCAAGCCCAAACUCAAUAAAAACGGAAUUUUUGUGACUCAGGCUGGACCAGCAGGUAUCUUCUCACACAAAGAGGUCUUCACCUCUAUUCAUAACACCAUAAAACAGGUCUUCAAAUAUGUGGUGGCAUAUGCAACUCAUGUACCAUCAUUUGCUGAUUCAUGGGGAUGGGUUAUGGCUUCAGACCAACCAAUAUUGAUUGAUGCUGUGGAAAUGGACAAAAGAAUUGAAACAAGAAUCAAUGGAAAAUUGCUCUAUCUAGAUGGUGUUUGGUUCCAUUCAUCAACCAUCAUGAAUAAGACCGUCUCCAAAUCGCUGCAGAAUGAGACUCAUGUGUACACUGAAGAUAAUGCUAGAUUUAUUCCUGGACAUGGCAUAGCUGUUCGUAGCUAA